AUGGAUAAGGAUGGCAAGAUAUUUGGGGAAGAGGUCAGUGAUAGGUUAGGAGAGUUGCACAAGAAACAACAGUUGAACAUUGAUAUUGCUCUCCAAACAAAUCUGGCCCGCCAAAUUGCUUCACCUCAAGGCCCUAAGCACACAGAGGAAGAAGAGAAAGAUGAAGCAGAGGAACAAUCAGACGUGUACAUUAUGACCGCUGACAUAGUGCCUCACGAAGGUUCUAGUGAGGUGGUUGUGGAUGUAGCAGUUCCUCUACAGGCAGAAGGUCAAAGCUCCCCAAAGUACCAAGUGUCUCAGGUAAAACUAGGGGUUGAUCCAACUCUUUCUUCAGAGAUGGUUAAAUGGGAACCACCUAGUAAACAGUGGAUAAAGAUUAAUUUUGAUGGCGCAUCAAAAGGAAAUCCGGGAACCUCAGGUGUUGGGGUGGUGGCGAGGGAUGAUAAUGGAUUUAUCAUUUUCAAAGGAGCACAACAUUUGCAGGAUGGCACUAAUAAUGAAGCAAAGGUCCAAGCGGCCUUUCUAGCAACAAAAAUAGCCUUAAAUAUGAAAGUCCAACGGUUGCACUUAGAAGGGGACUCUUAG